AUUCACGCGCGUAUCGGGCAAAACGUUGUGCGUCCUUUUCAAUCGUGAUCUCGGAUUUGCCGCUCCCUUGUGCUACCCAAAAAAAAUUCGUAGACCGCCGGUAUGUCUUUUUGCUCGGGACCAGUUUACCGUAAACGUCGUCAUGACGAGGACUCGAGCGGCAGCGACAGGCCUCGAUCCGUGAGCCUCAAAGCUUCCGCAGCGGACUCGCGAUCAUCGGUCAAGAAAGCGAGGAAGUUCGUCACCUGGAAGGAUCUGAAGAAUCAAGAUGAGUCCCGCGGAAGUCGCACGGGAUCUUGGAUCGAAUAUCGUCCUCACCGGGUUCAAAUUCGGAAAAGCAAGAAAUCGGGACAAGCGGGAAAAUUGAUCGAUCGAUUCAGGCAGCUUCCCGCUUCUUUCUUCGUGCACCUGAGUCAGACGCCUGAAUCUGCUGGGAGCGAAUGGGAGAUCGAUUCGAUCGAGAUCAAGGUCCUGGAUGAAGUAGUAAACGACGGGGGAUCGGAGAAGAGAAAGGAAAGAAGUUUUGUCAUUACAAGGGAGAGUCUAGCCGCUGGCAGAAACAGGAGGGCGUCAGCCGGGUCGGCUGACCUCAGUCAAAGUACAGAGUCCGACGCGGACGAGAGGAGUCCAGAAGAAAAAAUCACGGUCAAGACGAGAAACACUUCGCAAGUCGCGAAGGAUGAGAUGAUGGCCCUUCUCAGGAAUCGGGUGAAGAGAGUUCGCAGGCGAAAGUCGUCAACAGGUUCGAUGCUCAACUUCCUGAUAGAUCCCCAAAGCGACUGCAGCAGCUACAGUUCAGCCGAUUGAAGGCUCCUAGGAUUCCCCCGAGGACCUCAUGCUCCCGUCAUUUUUGCAACACCGUGCGACAUACUCGCAGCUUCGUUCUGCGAUGAUCGUAGUCCGUCAGCGCGGAUUGGUGAUGAAUCAGUGAAUAAGUUCAAUAGAUUUUGGAUACGAGCUGCAACUGGUCGGAGCAGCUGGUUUUUCCCCACAUCAUCGACUCGCAGAGACUCGGAUGCUCCUCGAAAUCAUUUUACAACUCGCUUUUCUCGGCCGAUGUAACUUUGUGUCUUCGUUACUAUAACCGGCUUUCUAACCCGAUAAUUCAAAAAGUCUGUCAAGACAUAUCGGUUCGGGAGAAUAUAUUGUGUUCGUUUA